GAUAUUUUUACAUUCUUUCAACCACAGCAGAUGUUCUUCUAAUGUUUUUUGCAAACAGAUACUGGACAAACAGAAGUGAGGCAGAAGAAUUUAUCAGACCUUCACCUAACGCCACUUUGUUCAACUCAGAACAUGGAUAUUCUGAACCGAAUUCGGAAACACUCAGUAGCAGCUACUUCUGGUCAAAACUGCUUCACUACUACAACCUAGUCAUGAAAGGAUCUGCAACCUCUGAUGAGGAGACAGAUGAAGAGAAUGACCUCUUUGAAGACCCAGAGCUGGAGAACAGGAGACGAGAGUGGAAGAUCCACUCAAGCCCGAUUCCUCUGGAGCUCAAACACAGACAGUAUGCUCGAAAGAAGCUCAUUCGUGAUUUGUGUGACAGUAACAGCUUCAAUGGGAAGUGGCAGACAAUUGAUGACAUUCCUAACUGGGAACUAGCAAACCUGCUUGUAGAUGACCGGCAUGGAAUAAUCUAUUGCUACGUCCCAAAAGUUGCAUGCACUGAGUGGAAGCGGAUCAUGAUUGUUCUGAGCGAGAGCCUUAAGGUGAACGGUGUGCCUUACAGAGACCCGUCAGAUAUUCCCGUGGAACUAAUACAUGGAAACAGCACCCGGUACCUUAAAAGGUACAACAGGACGGUGAUGAAACACAAACUUCAACAAUACAAGAAGUUCAUGUUUGUCAGAGAGCCUUUUAUCAGACUGAUCUCAGCCUACAGAGACAAGUUUCAAAAGGAAAAUGAGCAAUAUUACCAGCAGUACGGGAUCCCUAUACUGAAGAGAAUCGGCAAAAUCCCUAAUCCACCAGCAUCUGUAAAGGAAGCACUCGCUGCUGGUAUUGCACCAUCUUUCUCCAACUUCAUUCAGUAUUUACUGAGCCUACCAGCAGACAGGUAUGACCUGCUGGAUGAGCACUGGAGACAGACGGCUCAUCUGUGCCAUCCAUGCCAGAUCCAUUAUGACUUUAUAGGGAAGAUGGAGACCAUGGAAGAAGAUGCAGCUCACCUGCUGCGAAUGCUCCGUGUCGAUAAUAUCGUCCAGUUCCCAAAGAUCAAAAGUAGCAUCACAGAUGAAAACUGGAUAAAGACCUGGUUUCCCACCAUCACUGCUGACUCGAGAAGGAAACUGUUCAAACUGUUUGAGACAGACUACAAAUUAUUUGGAUACCAAGAUCCUGAAUAUCUUCUACGUCCAUAAAACACUGCUCACUUCAUUGUUAGUGUGAUUCCCAUGUGAUUUGAAGUCUGUGGAGGUCUCCUGUAAGAUAUUUAGAGUUUAUAUGUCAGAAUCAGAAGUUUUAUUGCCAUUGUCAAUAAAUAGGAUUCACAGACUAGGAAUUUGCUUCGGCAUGAAGGUGCAACAUAGGUCAUGGUACAUGUUGUGGUUAUGUGUAGUUGCUCAAAGCAAUUUGUGAAUACAUUAUGUUGUAUUAAUGUCUAAAAGCAACAGCUGUACUAAUGCAAUUUCUUAUCCAAGCUCAUG